AUGUGGACUCGCUGCUCUGACAUUGACCAUGUGGACCAUGUGACGUCACUCGCUGCUCUGACCAUGUGGACUCCUCGCUGCUCUGACCAUGUGGACGUCUCGCGCUGCUCUGACCAUGUGGACGUCACUCGCUGCUCUGACCAUGUGGACGUCUCUCGCUGCUCUGACCAUGUGGACGUCACGUCACUGCGCUGCUCUGACCAUGUGGACUUACCGAUUGCUUUGGUUCUGUCAUCUUCCCAGAACACUCAUAAGCCUUUCGUAACCACCUCUCACCGGUCAGCCCGCCUCCUGCAGCCCUCCCUCGGCCUCCCUCCUGCCUUUGCCUCGCUCUGGGACUGGUUCUUUCGCAGCCAUUUUCUGUCCAACCACCGGGCCUCAGCGAGCUCAGCCUUCCCGCAGCGAGCCAACCAGCACCGCCAGCAGCCGCAGAUGGACGCCGACAACUCCACCACAGACGCCUCUCAGCUCGGCAUCGCCGGGGAGUACGGCCACUAUGUCCUGCAGUCCCAGGACGACGACGGUGACGAGGGCCUGAACGACCACGACGACAGCGGCCUCAAAGAGAACUUCAGAGAACAGGACAUUUAUUUACCUAUCGCUAACGUGGCCCGCAUCAUGAAGAACGCUGUGCCUCAGACCGGCAAGAUUGCCAAAGAUGCCAAAGAGUGUGUGCAGGAGUGUGUGUCUGAGUUCAUCAGCUUCAUCACGUCUGAGGCGUCCGAGCGCUGUCACCAGGAGAAGAGGAAAACCAUCAACGGAGAAGACAUCCUGUUCGCUAUGUCCACGCUGGGCUUCGACAUGUAUGUGGAGCCGCUCAAGCUGUACCUGCAGAAGUUCAGAGAGGCGCUGAAGGGAGAGAAGGGGAUGCCUGGAGUCACACUUGGAGACGGAGUCGGAGACGAACUGGCCGACGAGAGCUUCUCUAACCCUAUUCCCGCUGGGAUCAUCACAGCAGACGGACAGCAGCAGAACGUCAUGGUCUACACCACCUCCUACCAACAGAUCCCCACGGUGCAGCAGAUCCAGUUCUCAUGA